GGCCAUGGCAGAUUUCAACGAGAAGAUAAGCAAAGUGGAAGAAAUGGCAAACAAGAAUCUCCCUGAGGUUAUCAUUGCAGACAUACUUUCGAGGCUUCCGGUGAAAUCUCUUCUAAGAUUCAGGUGCAUAUGCAAACUUUGGUGUGCUCUUAUAAUCGAUCCUGAUUUCAUCAAAAUGCAUCUCAACCGAUCCCUUGCAAACAAUAUCUACCUCACCUUUAUUUUCAGUGACACCUCUCUCUACUCAAUCGACUUAAAUGCUUCCAAGGAACUACAAGUAUUGGUUAAAGUCGAUCAUCACCCUAAGUUUGUAAACUAUGCAACCGAAAUAGUGGGUUCUUGCAAUGGCUUACUCUGUCUACACAACACUGAUGAGGAGGAGGAGGACAUAUUACUCUGGAAUCCUUCUACAAAAAGGCAUCAUAAGCUACCCAUUAUUCCUAGGGAGUCUCCCCUCACACAUUUUAAUGUUUAUGGAUUCGGUUAUGAUUUGACAACCGACGAUUACAAGGUGGUAAGGGUUGCGCAGCCUUAUAGUAAAAAUGAUUAUGAUAACUUUUGGCAUUCGGAGGUGAAUAUCUACUCACUUAGCACCGACUCAUGGAGAAGGAUCGAAGAUAUGCCUUUUCACAUUAACUACAGACAUGUAUCUGGGGUUCUUGCAAAUUCUGCUCUUCAUUGGGUUGCAAGUCGCGAGACGGGACCUUACACUGAGUCCAAUUUUAUCCUUUCCUUUGACCUUCAAGAUGAGGAGUAUCGAGAGGUGUCACUUCCUGACUUUGUGGACGAAAAAAUUCACAUGAGUAUUGGCGUUCUUGGACCACAACUCUGCCUGCGCUGUAAGAUCUUUACCGUCCGUGUUGAGUUUUGGGUGAUGAAGGAUUAUGGUGUGAGGGAGUCUUGGACGAAACAGUUCUCAAUCGAACAACCACCGCUGAUAAACUCUUAUCACAUCAGGCCUAUAUGUUAUUCAAAGAAUGGUGAAGUUAUGGUUGGGAUGAAUUUAGAAGCGUUGAUCCUGUAUGAUCCCGUUAGACGUAGACAAAGAUCUAGGAAUCUUAAGGUUAGGGUUUCAAAUUGGAUUCAAGCAGAGAUCUGCGUUGGGAGUCUCGUUCCACUCAAUGCCAAAGAUGAAAUUGAACAAUCAGAAACAAAAAAAGGAAGCACAAGAAGAAAAAGAACAGGGAGGAAGCCGAGGCAACAAUAUAAUGGGAAUUUGACAUGGUAA